AUGACGAAUGAUACUUCAUACACCGUGCCCCUCCUUAUCAACGGGAAGGAGGUCACCACUAAGACGACGUUCUCGAUCACUUCUCCCUCAUCUCACAAGGAGAUCUGGCAAUCCUCAUCUGCAUCCUUGGAGGACGCUAAGAAUGCCACCUCAGCAGCACAGGCUGCGUUCCCAGCAUGGGCCAAGAUGAAGCCGGCUGCGAAGCGCGACAUCUUCAUGAAGGCUGCCGACAUUAUCGACUCCCGGAAAGACGAGCUUGCCGACUACAUGAAGAUCGAGAUGGGUGCUGCUGAUGCCUUCAGCAGUGGCUUCAAUGUCCCUAAGUGCGCUGACAUGCUGCGAGAUGUUGCGGGCAGACUGAGCACGGUCAUGGGCCACAUUCCUACUUGUGAAGCGGAGGGAACAGCUGCGCUGAUCGUCAAGGAGCCAUGGGGUGUUGUUCUUGCAAUCGCGCCCUGGAACGCCCCAUACGUUCUUGGUAUGCGCUCGAUCCUGUAUCCUCUCGCAGCAGGUAACACCGUCGUUUUCAAGGGAUCGGAGUUUUGCCCUCGCACAUGGUGGGCCAUUGGCAACAUCCUGACUGAAGCUGGCCUUCCUGCAGGUGUUGUUAACGUGCUCUUUCACCGACCUGAGGACGCUGCUAAGGUCACAUCGGCUUUGAUUGAAGAUCCUGCUAUCAAGAAGAUCAACUUCACUGGCUCCACGGCUGUUGGACGUAUUAUAUCUUCGCAAGCCGGCAAGAACCUCAAGCCCGUUCUCAUGGAGCUUGGCGGUAAGGCGAGUGCCAUUGUCUGUGCUGAUGCAGACUUGCAGAAGGCUGCUACACAGUGUGCCCUUGGAGCGUUCUUGAACUCUGGCCAGAUCUGCAUGAGCUCCGAGAAAGUGCUCGUGCACAAGAGCAUCAAGCUGCAAUUCCUUGAGGCUUUCAAGGGUGCUGUAGAAGGUAUCUUUGGUGGUGACAAGCCGGCACCCAUAACGGUCAUGCCUGCUGCAAUUGACAAGAACAAGAAACUGAUCUCUGACGCCGUGAGCAAGGGCGCCAAGGUCGUGCACGGCGACCACGAGAAGGAGGAGGUACACCCAGAGACCAAGGAGCCUUCCAACACAAGAAUGCGUCCUGUCAUUGUUGAGGGCGUGAAGAAGGAGAUGGAUCUCUUUUACACCGAGUCUUUCGGGCCCUCUGUCUCCCUCAUUGAGUUCGAGACCGAAGAGGAAGCGAUUGAAAUCGCCAACGACACUGACUACGGUCUUUCCGGUGCUGUCUUCACGGAGAACCUUGGUCGUGGUUUCCGCAUCGCAAAGCAGAUCGAGACUGGUGCUGUACACAUCAACUCGAUGACUGUCCACGACGAAUGGACACUGCCGCACGGCGGAGCUAAGGCAAGUGGAUUCGGUCGCUUCAACGGCAACUGGGGUAUCGAAGAAUUUCUGAGAACAAAGACUAUCACCUACCAGGAGUAG